CAGGUUCUCACUUUGCACCAGCCUGGGUGCCCAUCUGCUGCCCUGCUAAUGCCCGCGUGGCCCAGUGAGGAAAUCCGGGAGGGGGCUGCUGUGCUGUCCCUCCAGGAGGACUGGCCGUGACCUGGCUGGCGUUGCAGGGACAGGUGUGCUGGCCUGACCCGCUUUGGGUGCAGAACUGGCUCCCUCAUAGUCAGUGGCAGCUUUGCCAUUGACUCGAAUGAGGUCAGGAUUUCUCCUGUUAUGCUGGGGGCGGUAAGCGCCUGGUUAGAGGCACUUCAAGUCGUUUACCUGGAGGAUUUGGCUUUGAGUUGUAUUUGUAGGAUUUGGGCUCUGGCAAUCCAGGGGAGGGGUUGUGAUCCAUCUCAGGGCUACCGGACUGGUUAUGUUUGAAGCUCUGUUUCUGUCAUACACUGGUUUUAAACUGACCCCGUUCAGCACAAAGCUUCCCCCCCCCCCCGAAUGUCUGUGGUCAUGUCAGAAUUUUUGGACCAUAUCAGCUGACAAUAAUUUCACCUGCUUCAGCAUAUUCUUUCCUUACCGUCUUUUUACUGGGACACCUGCCAACCAUCUGGAAGAAGCUAAAGAAAAAUGAGCUGGUGCUUGAUCUCUUCAUACAAUGGGCAGAGGAGUAUGGCCCCAUUAUACGUUUUAAUGCUUUUCACAGAGUCUUGUUAAUGGUUCUAAGUCCAGAAGGCGUAAAGGAGUUCCUGACGAUACCACAGUACCCGAAGGAUCCAAUAACAUAUAGCAAACUCUAUGCUAUGUUUGGCACGAGAUUUUUAGGGAAUGGCUUAGUGACUGAUCUUAACCAUGAUCAUUGGUACAAGCAACGGAGAAUUAUGGAUCCAGCUUUCAGCCGAACCUACCUGAUUGGUUUGAUGGAAACCUUUAAUGAAAAAGCAGAGGAGCUGAUGAAGAAGCUAGAGGAAAAAGCAGAUGGAAAAACUGAACUGGACAUCAUGAGCAUGAUGAGCCGAGUGACUCUGGAUGUUAUUGCAAAGGUGGCCUUUGGCCUAGAAUUAAACACGCUGUAUGAUGACCAGACGCCUUUCCCACAUGCCGUGUCCAUGGUCAUGGAAGGAAUGAAGGAGAUACGUGUCCCUUUUGUGCAGUACCUGCCAGGAAAACAAAAAUUGAUAAAGGAGAUCCGGGAAAGUGUGAGACUGCUGCGCCGUGUAGGAAAGGAAUGCAUUGAGCAGAGGCGAGAGGCCAUCCAGAAUGGGGAGGAAGUCCCACGAGAUAUUCUUACUCAGAUCCUGAAAGGGGAUGCAGCUCAGGAGGAGACUAGAGAUGAUGAAAAUAUUCUGGAUAACUUUGUCACUUUCUUCGUUGCUGGUCAUGAGACAACUUCCAAUCAGUUAUCAUUUACAGUAAUGGAACUGGGGCGGCAACCUGAAAUACUAGAAAGACUUCAUGCUGAAGUGGAUGAGGUUAUUGGAGCCAAGAGGGACAUUGACUAUGAAGAUCUUGGGAAGCUCGAGUACUUGUCACAGGUUCUCAAAGAAUCCCUCCGAUUAUACCCUCCCGUUCCAGGGACCAUACGUUGGACAGGAAAGGAAAAUGUCAUUGAAGGUGUCAGAAUUCCAGGAAACACUUCUCUCGUUUUCAGCACAUAUGUCAUGGGAAGGCUGGAAAAGUUUUUCAAGGACCCACUGACCUUUAAUCCUGACCGAUUUAACAAAGAUGCACCAAAGCCAUAUUUUACCUAUUUUCCAUUUUCUUUGGGACCCCGUUCCUGUAUUGGACAGAUAUUUUCACAGAUGGAGGCUAAAGUGGUGAUGGCAAAACUGCUUCAGAGGUUUGAAUUUCAGCUGGUGCCAGGGCAGAGCUUUAAAAUUUUGGAUUCAGGAACCUUCAGACCAAAAGACGGUGUAGUGUGCAUAUUGAAACCACGGAUCAUUACAAAAGGGUCCCAAAAAUAAUGGGAGUGGGGAACAAUGGAGUCAAAUGGUGGUGGAGGUGUUGAGUCUGAACUUUUGAUGAACUUAAACUUAACCCAGAUUUGAUGUCUCUGUCUGAAACUUUUAAUCAAAGCUCUGACCUGCGAACUACUCAUGACACCCCCCCUCCCCUUAAGUAGCCA